CAAUCAUUCGGUCUCUAACUAGAAACUAAUCCAUCAAAAUGAAAGUUCAUGUGAGUAUCCUGAUUGUGGCCGCCCUUCUCUCCAGCGCAGUGCUGGCAAAAGACGAGAGAUGUCCUCCAACUAACGAGCCAGGUCAAAACAUCCACUACGCUCAUCCGACCGAUUGUCAUAAAUAUCUCACCUGCAACUGGGGAGAACUGGUUGAGCAACAGUGCACUCCGGGUUUGUUGUGGAACGAUAAUGCUAAGUACUGCGACUAUCCCGAAAAUGUGAACUGCAACGACCAAUCUGGAUCAACCUCCGUUCCUUCGACGAGUUCGAGUCCUGUUCCAAGUUCGACUGUGGAAGUCACUUCAACAACCUCAGCUCAAUCUUCUACAGCCGUACCCGAGAAGAAAUGUCCGGAGCAAUUCGAUCCUGAUCAUCAGGUGUUUCUUGAGCACGAAGACUGUGACAAAUUCUACAUUUGCACCUGGAAUGGACAAGCCGUCGAAAAAGUGUGCCCAUCGGGACUUCACUGGAAUCAACUGCUCAACAUUUGUGACUGGCCCGUGAACGUAGGUUGUUCUUCAAGCUCUUCUAGCCCUUCGGUUUCUCCGUCGACGCCAUCUUCCCCAAGCACCACUCCAGCGUCGACAAGUAGUGCAGCUCCCUCAGAGGGUGAUUGUCCACUAAUCUACGAUCCAUACCAUCAGGUGUACUUCCCUCAUCCAGAUUGUACCAAGUACUACAUUUGCACUUUUGAGGGCAACAAACUGGAGCAAAACUGUCCUGCAACUUUGCAUUGGAGCCAAUCAAACGGAUAUUGCGAUCACCCGGAGCUGGCACAAUGUGUUCCUGGUGUAAUGGCUGUGGAGAUGACAGAUGCAACCACCGAAAAACCAAAGCAGUGCCCUACAAAACCAUUACCCCAGGACUUACCAGUGUAUCUUCCCCAUGAUGACGACUGCACCAAGUACUACAUCUGCGAUCAUGGCAAGCCUGUAGAAAUGACCUGCCCACCUGGUUUGGUCUGGAACGCCCCCAAAGACACUUGUGAUUCUCCCCUCGAAUAUUCUUGCCUCCAGUGAGCUUAUCGAUUGAGCUGUGUCACUCAAUUGGCACUUGAUGCGUACGAAUUUAUUUAUUCUCAAUAGUAGUGUUGCGAAGACGAAUAAGUGGUGUGUGAACUAAUCAUUAGAAAAAUAAACUAUAGGUAGUACACAAAAUCGAUAAAUAAAUAGUUAUUUCAAAUAAAA